GAAACUUGUUGGGUUUUGGCUUCUCAAUUCUCUGGAAAAACUUGAAUGAUAUUGUAGUUUGUGAUUGGAGGAGAAAGGAUUUUGGUUUCAUUGUAUUUUGUGAUUGGAGGAGGAAGGGUUUUGGUUUCAUUGUAUUUUGGAUAAGAAUUUAGGGAUUUGAAUAGGGUUUUAGGGAAUUUUUGUUGGCUAGAUUGAAACAGCAUACAUCUUGCUCUCCAUUACUAAAGGGUUCUUGAUCUGGGUUUUGAGAAUUUAGAGUGAAAGGUUUAAUUUCUUAAGUGGUGAAUAGAUCUGUUGCUUUUCAUUAUUAAGGUUCUUCUCUUCAUUGAAAUUUGUAGACUUGUGAAGUUGAGAGUCAUCUCGAAGCUUAGGGGUUCUGUUUGAUAAGGGAUACUAAUCUUUGGUUGCAUAUAACAGAGAGGUUGUCAAAUUUUUAUGUAUAUGUGAAAAUUGUUGGUGUUGGUUGAUAUUCGGCCAUUGGAACGGACAUUAAGGGGUUUGUGAUUACAUAUACUGGAAUUUUUGGUAUGGAUGAUGCUCAGGGAAGCUCGAGUUCGCUCCCUCCUUUCCUUACGAAGACAUACGAGAUGGUGGAUGAUCCUUCUAGCGAUUCUAUUGUGUCAUGGAGUGCAAGUAAUAAGAGUUUCAUUGUAUGGAAUCCGCCAGAGUUUGCAAAAGAAUUACUUCCAAGAUUCUUCAAGCACAACAACUUUUCUAGCUUUAUCAGACAGCUUAAUACAUAUGGUUUCAGGAAAAUUGAUCCAGAACAGUGGGAAUUCGCAAAUGAGGAUUUUAUAAGAGGUCAGCCUCUUCUUUUGAAAAACAUACACAGACGCAAACCAGUUCAUAGUCAUUCCAUGCAGAAUCUCCUAGGUCAAGGAGCUUCUCCGUUAACAGAAUCAGAGAGGCAGAAAUUUAGGGAUGAGAUUGAGGGACUUGAGAAUGAAAAGGAGUCGCUUCUUUUAGAGUUAAAGAGGUAUGAACAGGACCGGAAAGGAUUUGAGAUUCAAAUGCGGCUUUUGAGGGAGCGUUUGCUAAAUAUGGAACGGCACCAGCGAAAAAUGUUGUCUUCCGUGGCUCAAGUCCUGCAAAAACCAGGUGUUGCCAUAGAGCUGACACCACAAUUUGAGGCCAAUGACAGAAAGAGAAGAUUGCCUAGAAUUGCUUACUUAUAUGAAGAAUUUGGGAUUGAAGAUAAUCAGACAGACGGUUCCCUAACUUCUAGAGAAAAUGCAGAUAGCGCGUCAUUGUCCAACACAGAGCCAUAUGAACAAUUAGAGUCAUCCAUGGUGUUUUGGGAGAAUGUUGUACACAGUUUCGGUCAAACUAGCAUUCAACUUAAUUCAAACCUAGAAUUGGAUGCAUUGACAAGUUGUGCACAGAGUCCUGCAAUAUCUUGCAUACAGCUUAACGUUGAUUCUUGGCCUAAAUCCCCAAGGAUUGACAUGAACUCUGAGCCUACCACUGUUCUUACUUCCGAGCCGGUUGCAAGAAAGGAACAAGCUGUGGGUACCACUGUACCUGCGGCAGCUGGUGUUAAUGAUGUAUUCUGGGAACAAUUUUUGACUGAAAAUCCUGGUUCCACUGAUACUCAGGAAGUCCAGUUGGAUAGAAAAGACUCCGAUAACAGAAAGAACGAGAGCAAACUUGGUGAUCAUAACCGAUUUUGGUUGAAUAUGAAGAAUGUGAAUAACCUUCCAGAACAGAUGGGGCAUCUUACACCUGCGGAGAGAACUUGAUAUUUAUUGAUUUUUUCUUCUUCUUGCUUUCGAUGCCUCCAAUAAUUCAGAUGUAACAUAUUUAGGUAUGAUUGGUUUGAUAUAGGAAUUAAUAGAUAAUUUAUGCUCGACUUCAUCUCGCUCAUAUGCUCACCUCCCUUGUUCAGUAGUCUUUAGUUGCUAUGUAGCUAUUCUGAUUGACAUGGCAUUUUUGUUUAUUGUUUUACAUAUUCUUCAGAAAUAAACGCCAGUUUCAGUGU